AUGGGGAGGCAUAUAAAGAUAUUAAACAAACUAUUUUUUAUAAGAAGAUAUAACUUUUGCUCUACUAACUUAACUUAUUUAAAAAAUAAACAAAAAGAACUACUCAUAGAAUUAGCUGAUAAAAGUAUAUCUGAUGUUUGUGAAAAUAAAGAAACUUUAAAAAUAAAGAAAAUUCAAAAAACAUCGAAAAUUUUUAAAUCAUUAUAUGAAGAAUUAAAUAUAUAUAAGCAACUGUUAAUGGAAAGCAUAAAUGACAAGGAAGAAUUUCAAAAAAAAAUAAUGAAUGAUGAUGAUAUAAAACAAUUAAAUAAUAAUAUUCAAAAUAUACAAGACACUGUUAUUGAAGAUAUUAUUGAUUUUUAUAAAAAUUUUGUUAAUGAUGAUCAUCAUUUAGAUACCAAUGAAAUUAAAAUGGAGAUAACUGCAGGGGUUGGAGGACUAGAAUCGAAAUUAUUUUGUAAAGAAUUAUUCAAUAUGUAUGAAAAUUUUUGUAAAAUUAGAAAUUAUGAAUAUGAAUUAAAAAAUAAAAUAAGUGAUGAUAUUAAAGGAAAUAAAAGUAUUGUAGCAUAUAUAAAAGGUAAGAAUGUAUAUGAAGAUUUUGUACAAGAAAUAGGAAUUCAUAGAGUUCAACGAAUUCCAAUAAAUAGUAAAAAAAUUCAAACAUCUACAUCAAUUGUAUUAAUAUUUGAUGAAAAAAGUAAAAUGGAUAAAAUAAAAAAGAAAAUAAAUUUUUCUAAAAAAGAUUUAGUUAUUGAAACAAAAAGAUCAGGAGGAGCUGGAGGACAAAGUGUUAAUAAAAAUGAAACAUGUGUUAAGGUUAUACAUAAACCAACUAAUAUUUUUGUUGAAGUUCAAAAAACUAGUAGUCAAAUUCAAAAUAAAAGUAUUGCUAUUGAAUUAUUAAAAAAUAAAUUAUAUAAUUUUUAUUAUGAACAAGAGAGAAUUAAUUUUUUAAAAGAUAAAAAAAAUCAGAAACAAAGUGGUGAUAGAAGUGAAAAAAUUAGAACAUAUAAUUUUUUACAUAACGUUGUUAUAGAUCAUGUUGCUAAUGUAGAAUUUUCUGAUAUUGAAAAGUUUUUUAAAGGUGAUCAUUUAAUUCAUUUAAUUAAUAAAAAAAAACAAAUAUUUUAUCAAAAUAUUAUUGAAGAAACAUUAAAAUAUAUUUUUUCUUCUAUUGAUAACUAA